AUGUUCCUUGUAGCGCUCCCUUAUGCUGUCAUGCACGGUGGAUACUGGACCGUCCUGUCCCUGGUACUAGCUGCAAUCAUCACAUGCUACACUGGAUUAAUCCUUGUGGACUGUCUCUACGACACCAACGCUAUUACAGGUGAGAGGGUCCGGGUGCGUGAGACAUACGUGUCCAUCGCCGAAGAGGUCUGGGGUAAACGUUUCGCCUCAAGGGUUGUCCACACGGCGCAGUUCAUUGAGCUCAUCAUGACUUGUAUCCUAUACCUGGUGCUCUGCGGCGACCUGCUCUACAACACCAUCCGACACACUCCACUUCGGGAAAGCGCCUGGACCCUCAUAGCCUGUUUUCUAGUGCUGCCUUGUGCUUUCCUGCGCAACCUCAAGGCCGUCUCACGCUCCAGCUUCGGUAACGCCAUCGCCCACGUGAUCAUCAACGUGAUCAUACUGGGGUUCUGUUUCGCUCAGGCUCGACACUGGCACUGGAAGGACACGAGUCUUCGGAUCCAUAUCCACUACUUCCCCGUGUCUCUGGGGAUCGUCGUCUUCAGUUACACCUCGCACAUCUUCCUACCCAGUCUGGAAGGCAACAUGGUGGAUCGGCGCUACUUCAAGCGGAUGAUGCUAUGGACGCACGGUCUGGCAGGAUUCUUCAAGGCUUUCUUCGGCUACGUCGCUUACCUUACCUUCGGCCUCAGCACGCAGGAGGUCAUAUCGGACAACCUCCCAACCCACUCCUUCAGAUCUAUCGUCAAUUUAGUUCUUGUAGCCAAAGCGCUGCUGUCUUUCCCUCUUCCCUACUUCGCAGCCGUGGAGCUCCUGGAACGGGCCUUCUUCCAGGGCCGCCCUACAACCGUCCUCCCCUCCUGCUACUCCCACGAUGGCAUGCUCACCGUCUGGUCCAUUCCUCUCCGGCUACUCCUAAUCUGCGUCAGUGUUCUCUUAGCCGUCUUCAUCCCACAUUUUGCAAUCCUGAUGGGGCUUAUAGGAAGCGUUACAGGGACCAUGUUGUCCUUUAUCUGGCCAUGUUGGUUCCAUCUCAGGUUAAAGUGGCAUGAACUAAAAUUGUGGAACAAAGUGAUAGAUAUCCUCAUUAUGUUAGCAGGUGCCGGGUGCGGUUGUAUAGGAAUCAUCUAUUCAUUUGAAGCUCUUGUCAAAACGUAUGUGGAGUCAUAGCUAGAGUAGAUUUACCAACCGUAUUAAGCAUAGAUGUAAAUACCUUGAAAAUGUUUAUUACAGUGAUAUAAAUUAAGAAUGAGAACUGUCACGUACGAGUUGUUAGGGUUAUUAGUAGUGCAAUAUUCUGUCAUUGUUUCUUGAUGCCUGAUUCUUUUGAAUAAUAAUGUAAACAUUCACUCCAUCCAGUUGAAAUCAAUAUCAUCAGUCUCAUGUUUUCAUGAGGGCAACAUUAUCAGCAAAAAUUAGAGUCAAGCUUCGAGAUAAACAGAUAAAAUAUGCUGGAAAAUUAGGUUACAAUCAAUAGCUGGCUACACAAGUAAGUAAGAAACGUAAGGAUGCACCUAAAAUACGU